UUCUUGCCUCCAUUGUAUUGUCUCAUAAGAAUCGUGGCGAUGGCAGACCAUCAGUCGGAUUUGUGCAAGGGCUGCUGCUCACCCAGAGCAGGUACGGGGUGAAACCUCAGCUAGAAGAAAAAGAAGGGAAAACGUUUGAUGUCUUCACUGCAGUGGAGUUCAAAACUCAGGUGGUUGCUGGAACAAAUUACUUCAUAAAGGUCCAUGUUGGUAAUGAUGAGUUCAUGCACCUGCGGGUGUUCAGAAGCCUUCCUCAUGAGAGUAAGUCGCUGAGUCUCCACAGUUACCAGAGCAGCAAGACUAAGCACGAUGAACUUGCUUUUUUCUAG